UCUAACGCAACAACAUGCAUGCAUAAACCUGCGUCUAAAUUAGUGCAUAUGUUAUUCGGAGGUUAAACUUCUAUGUCUACAAUUGUCAUAUAUAUUGUAUUAUGAUUUCCUGAGUUUUUAUCAUUGAUGAACAGGGCUGUUGAGUAAUUUGUACGGCUCUUUAGAGGAGUGAAGUUGUUGCGUCCUUUGCGAUGAGUCUUCUAGACCAACUCACGACGUUCUCCAAAACCUCGCUGCGCCGGACCGAAACUCACGUGAGAACUGUGGACGGGCGAGAGUACGUCGAGUCACGUGACGACCAGGGGCGGUCGAACUUGACCCCUGUAGGCGCUAAGGAUUAUGGGUGGAUCGGUGACGUCAAACCUGACCUUCAGGUGGCAAAAAUCCGCCCGGGUCUAUUUUUGGGAUCUCAAGACGUGACGGUUCGUCCAGAGUUACUCCGAUCGAACAACAUAACCCACGUUCUAAACGUCGCGGCAGGCGUGGAAACAGAAACUUUUCCCGACGCUUUCACGUACAAACACGUUCCCAUCCUAGACCUUCCCGAAACCAACAUCACCGAGUAUUUUCAGGACUGCUUCGCAUUUAUCAAGGCAGGUGCGACCUCAGGCGGAGUGUUCGUGCACUGCAACGCGGGUGUGUCCCGCGCCGUGUCCAUAGUUGUUGGUUACUUGAUGACGACUGAGAGUUUAGCAUUUGAAGAUGCUUACGGGCAAAUUAAACAGAUUAGGCCGAGUGCGAGACCUAAUGACGGUUUUAUGAAACAACUAAAGGAAUACAAGCCAUCGCAGUGACAAACUACAAUUAUUUGAAAAUAGUUUGGGAAUUACAGACCGUAUAAUAAAAACGUAAAGAAUUUAACUGGUACAUUUAAAUUUUUGCUAACUAUAUAUAUGCGUGUCUAAACAUCAUUAUAAACUCAUAAUAGCAAUCUAGGCUACGAGAAGUAUGUAAUAAUGAUAAUAAUCUUUAUUGUACAUUCAU